CUAUCACAUUAGCAAAUAAUACGGACCAAUGGCAGUGUUUGGGAGGAAAUCUAUGAGCAUACGGCACGGCAGGCGAAUCAGCUCAGUGCGAGCACAGCCAGCGCCCCCUGUGUAGCUCUCGCGCAACUGCUGGCAGUGAGCGACAACAGUGAUGGAGAAUCCAGUAAGAGUCGUCAAGUGGAAAAGUGUUAUUUAUUACAAUUAUUGACUGCAGUGUACCAGAUAUCAGAAAAUGGAUUGUAUAUAUAAAAGUUGUUAUAGUGCCUAAUUGUUGAAAAUUCUUUGAUACGAAAAUCAUAGCCAAAUUUUUCGUGAAGGUUAAGCCAUAUCCGCCUUACGCUAAUAGAUUGUCCAAACAUCAUAUAUGUGCUAAUUAGGCUGAGGCGGGCCGCUGCGCCCCCUUUGUCCGCUCGACCACACUAACAAGCAUCACGGCUAACUUCUAUCGGCUAAGAGCUGGAUUUCCCAAAAAGGCGGUCUGUUGCGAGAAAUGUUCGUUGGCCAUUACCUGUGGCUGCUGUUGUGCUACGCGCGGCACUCGCGGAGCAGCUUGCUCGACGAGUACAAGGAUAUCACCAAUAACGUGCUGUCGCCGCCAGAGGACUCCAGCGUCGCCCUGCCCGUGCAGCUCGCCGUCGACAAGACCUCCGGCUGUCUCUGCAGGACUAACAACAAUCUUAAGAUCAUCGUAUGUUUCGGCAACUAUGAGUGUAAACGCUUCCCUAAGGUGAACAUACAGAGUGACCUCCUCCGGGUGAUAACGACGGUGAUCACAGAGAUACGAGUAGGCGAGCUCGACGCCCUCCAACACCUGCUAGUUUUACAAAUAGAGGCCAACCACAGACUCAAGUAUCUGGAACCGGGACUCUUUCGCAACUUGACGAACCUUAAACAGUUAUCAAUUUCCUACAACACGAGGCUUAACACACUACAUAAGCGCACGUUCGAAGGUCUCAAGAAUCUUCGCAACUUGACUCUAGUCAACAACGGCUUCACAAAUAUUUUAGAUUUAACUCCCGCAUUUAAACCUAGUACAUUACCAGCACUAAGAAGUUUAGAUUUGUCGCAAAAUUCCUUGGAAAGGAUACCUGAGACCGCUUUUCAUGUUAUGAGAGGAACGUCAUUAAAAAGACUGGAAAUAAAUCUAUGCAGGUUGGAAUUUAUACAUCCUAAAAGUUUUGAGCCUUUACUAAUGUUAAAAGAGUUGAUAAUAGGCGAAAACGAUCUAAAUUCUAGCUUAAUAGGAAACUUUUUAACAAAAAUGAUAGAAAAAGAUAUAAAUUUAACUCAUCUCGACCUGUCUGGAAUGGGAUUUCGAAAACAGCCGCCGAGAGCUUUGCUCAAUAUCAUUGCAAACUCGACAGUAGAGAGACUAAUUCUUGCUGAAAAUCAAUUCGAAAUAAUCACAGAUGAUACGUUUCCAGCAAUGGUCAACUUGGAAGUGCUAGACCUAAGAAAAGUCCUUGCAAUAUCCAUAGGCCCGAACGCCUUUGAUCCUUUAAAAUUUCCAAACCUACGUGUCUUACUAUUAGGCGGCAACAAUUUGCCUGGUAUACACCAGAAACAUAUUUCAAAUCAGCAACUGUUACUUUUAGAUCUGUCGUCAAAUAAAGGUAGCUCCAUCAGCCCAAUGUAUUAUGAAAUCGACAGAGAUGCUUUCACAUACUGCAAAAGGUUGCAAGUAUUGAACCUGGCAUAUAAUAGAAUUAAAUCAGUUUUCGAUUACACUUUCCUGGGUUUGGAAGAUCUGAAGAUUUUAAGUAUGGAAAAUGGAACAUUGUAUCACAUCGGAGAUAAAACUUUUGAGCCAAUGAGACAUUUAGAAAUGCUCAACUUGGCCAACAACCCUCUCACGGCAAACGAAAAUUUGACUAGUGUUCAAUUUGAAGGUUUGAAUGAGUUAAAAAUAUUGAUACUCAAAAAUUGUGGCAUUAAACGUUUUUACGACGAGGAUAAUAUAUUUGAAAUGAUGCCGAACCUGACGCAUUUAAUACUAAGAAACAACCAGUUGUAUUACAUAACAGCUGAAACACUAAAACCAUUGAAAAACCUGCAGGUGCUGGACUUGAGUGAGAAUCUAUUGAUAUCGUGGUGGAAAUCGUUGUUUCUAGCAGCCGGGGUCCGUCCGAUGAAUCUCUACUUGACCAACAAUAAGAUAUCUCAUUUUACUAUAAGCAUGAUACAGGACAUAAAUUAUUUACUAGAGAAUCCGCGCCAGGGCCGCACGACGGAUAUCGAACUGUUGGACAACGUGUUCGUGUGCGACUGUAGCUCGAUGUACAAGACGUACAUGUGGUUGCAGGUGAACGGCACCGCGCUCCUGCGGGGAUACUUCGCGAGCUCACGCUUCCUGUGCAGCAGCCCCGACGUGUGGGAGGGUCGCCGCGUCGCUGAGUACCUCUCCUCCGUCAAGACUUUGCGCUGUCUCAUGUACGAAAAGAUCUCCAGCGUCAUGUUCCUUAUAUGGACCGCGCCUUCAGUAGUUACUCUACUCCUGUUCGGAUUACUUCUGGUGGGGAUUUACAAAUAUAGGAUUUAUAUACGAUACUGGAUGUUCUUAGCUAAAAUAGCAGUAGGCAGGAAGUUCGUACGGAAAUCUUUGAAAGCGGAGACGUUGCCCAGUAACGGGUACAGAUUCGAUGCGUUCGUAUCGUACUGCAACGAUGACCGAGAGUUCGUCGCAGAAAUGAUCAACCAGCUAGAGACGACGCCUCCGUAUCUAAAGCUGUGUAUAUACGAAAGGGAUUUCGAGAUAGGUUCCUUCAUUUCCGAGUCAAUAUUGAAUAGUAUUAAUCAAAGUAAAUAUAUAGUUUUAAUUGUAAGCAAUAGUUUCGCGAAAUCCCAGUGGUGUCGCUGGGAGACGCAGCUCGCGGAGUACCACAGACUGUUUCUAGAGGACGGCACUCCCUAUGACCCACUGGUGCUCAUCAGAGUGGGCGAGGUGGAAAACAAAUAUAUGACAACGACACUCAAGUACCUGCUCAAGACGAAGAUCUACCAUUCGUGGGACGACAGCCAACCGGAGAGGUUCUGGAGGAAAUUAAGAGAUACAUUAUCAAGGAAUAUAUAGCACAUUUAAAAAUAAUUUUAUUAAAGUUCAUUUAAAACGUACUUUUCU